AUAGAGCGUAACAUUUCUUAUUGAGGAAGCUCACUCAAAGGACCUGGAGUAUCCAAAUCAGUGUGUGAAUCAUACAGAACUAUUAACAAUGAUAGGAUUGGGCCAAAGGGCACAGUGAAUAGAAGCUAUGACAACCAGAAUUUGUCUGAGAUUCAUUUGUAUUUGGCUGCAGAUGACUAAGUAAGACCAAAAAUAGCUGUGUCAUGUGAUGUAUGAUAUGAUUGUGAGGCAUUAAUUGAGAAAUUCUAAGUGGAUGAUUUCUAGAGCCUACUGGAGAAGGACCAGUUGUUUCUGAGUGUCACAUCAAUUCUAACUAUUGCAAAGAAAGAUAUGAAAAAUUAAAAUAAAAAGCUUAGGGGACAGUCAUCUUUCAAGCAUCUGACUCGUUCUUCGAUGACAGCCAGGGGCUCAUGUGCUCGAUGAUGAAGUCUUAUCCAAGAUUUACCUAAGGAGGGCAAGAAGGGAAAGGCUUGGAAAGGAUAACCUCUCUGGGAUGCUGCCGUUCCCCUGCUUCCACACCGCAGCUAGACUUGGUUAGUGCUGUUUUGGAAAGAAGUAAGGUUUAGACUUCUCCAUGUUAACCAUGAGUGUGACACUUUCCCCCUUGAGGUCACAGGACCUGGAUCCCAUGGCUACUGAUGCUUCACCCAUGGCCAUCAACUUGACACCCACUGUGGAGCAGGAUGAGGGAGAAGAGGCAAUGAAGGACAUGGAUUCUGACCAGCAGUAUGAAAAGCCACCCCCACUGCAUACAGGGGCCGACUGGAAGAUUGUCCUCCACUUACCCGAGAUUGAGACCUGGCUCCGGAUAACCUCAGAGAGGGUCCGGGACCUAACCUAUUCAGUCCAGCAGGACUCGGACAGCAAGCAUGUGGACGUGCAUCUAGUUCAGCUCAAGGACAUUUGUGAAGAUAUUUCUGAUCAUGUUGAGCAAAUCCAUGCCCUCCUUGAAACGGAGUUCUCCCUGAAGCUGCUGUCCUACUCCGUCAAUGUGAUCGUGGACAUCCACGCAGUGCAGCUCCUCUGGCACCAGCUCCGAGUCUCGGUGCUGGUUCUGCGGGAGCGCAUUCUGCAAGGUCUGCAGGACGCCAAUGGCAACUACACCAGGCAGACAGACAUUCUGCAAGCUUUCUCCGAAGAGACUAAGGAGGGUCGGCUUGAUUCUCUGACGGAAGUGGAUGACUCAGGACAGUUAACUAUCAAAUGCUCUCAAAAUUACUUGUCUCUGGAUUGUGGUAUUACUGCUUUCGAACUGUCUGACUACAGUCCAAGUGAAGAUUUGCUCGGCGGCCUGGGUGACAUGACCUCUAGCCAGGUCAAAACCAAACCCUUUGACUCUUGGAGCUACAGUGAGAUGGAACAGGAGUUCCCCGAGCUUAUCCGAAGUGUUGGGUUACUGACGGUGGCUGCUGACCCCGUCCCUUCCAACUGCAGCGAAGCAGUUAGUGGGGAGGCGGCUCAAGUGUCUCUUCCAGCAGAGGACAAAGGUGGACUUGAGGAAGACAAUACUUCCACAGUCGAGGAGCAGCCAGGCUUGCCGCCAGCGACGUCACCUUCCCAGGAAGCUCUGACAAAUGCCAUUCAGCCCUCUUCUGAGGCUGCGAAGCAAGAAUCCAAUUCCUCCUCUCAGCUUGGGGCAAAGAACCAACAGCCUCUUCCUUGUGACAAUGCCACCCCGAAGCGAUCCAUCAGAGAUUGCUUUAAUUAUAACGAGGACUCUCCCACACAGCCCACAUUGCCCAAGAGAGGGCUUUUCCUUAAAGAGGAAACCUUUAAGAAUAAUCUGAAAGACCCUCAUGGAAAGAAGAGGAUGGUUGAUCUCAAGCCCGAGAUGAGCAGAAGCACCCCUUCCCUGGUGGACCCUCCAGACAGAUCCAAGCUCUGCCUGGUGCUGCAGUCCUCCUACCCCAACAGCCCUUCUGCUGCCAGCCAGUCCUACGAAUGUUUGCACAAGAUGGGGCAUGGGAACCUUGAAAACACAGUCAAAAGUCACAUUAAGGAAAUCUCUUCCAGCCUGGGAAGGCUUAACGACUGCCAUAAAGAGAAACUUAGACUGAAAAAGCCACACAAGACCCCAGAAGAGGUGCCUCCGUGCCAAACGCCUAAACGCGGCACCGGUUCAGGCAAGCAAGCCGAAGACAUAAAGAGCUCAGUAGUGCCGAAUGGAAUUCCUGCAGGUCCUUCCCAGGCCAGAGAGGGGCCAGAAACAGAUUCCACUUCCUCAUCCUCCCUUGAGCCGUGUCAUCAGAGAAGUUGGAAUGCCAAAUUGCCAGUGCAGUCAGAAACAUCCAACUCACCACCUUUUACUCAAAGCAGUGAAUCCUCUGUUGGCUCAGACAACGUCAGUUCUCCGGUACCCCUUCUUUCAAAUCACAAAAGCAAAAAAAGUUACUCCUCCUCCCCAAGUCAUGUCACCCGGAAUGGUCAGGUCGUGGAGGCCUGGUAUGGCUCUGAUGAAUACCUGGCACUGCCCUCUCAUCUUAAGCAGACGGAAGUAUUAGCUUUAAAGUUGGAAAACUUAACAAAGCUUAUGCCUCAGAAACCCAGAGGAGAAACCCUUCAGAAUAUUGAUGACUGGGAACUGUCUGAAAUGAAUUCAGAUUCUGAGAUCUAUCCCACGUACCAGGUCAAGAAGAAGCAUUCGAGGCUAGGCAGGGUGUCUCCGAGCUCGUCCAGUGACAUAGCGUCUUCACUCGGGGAGAGCAUUGAAUCUGGGCCCCUGAGUGACGUGCUUUCUGACGAGGAGUUGUGUAUGCCUCUCUCUGGCACGAAAAAAUACAUCGAUGAGAAGUCAGAGAGAGCUUCCUCUUCUGAGAAAAAUGAGAGCCAUUCUGCUACAAAAUCUGCUUUAAUUCAGAAACUGAUGCAAGAUAUUCAACACCAAGACAACUACGAAGCCAUAUGGGAAAAAAUAGAGGGGUUUGUAAACAAGCUGGAUGAAUUCAUUCAAUGGUUAAACGAAGCCAUGGAAACCACUGAGAAUUGGACACCCCCUAAAGCAGAGACAGAUGGCCUUAAACUGUACCUGGAGACGCACUUGAGUUUUAAGUUGAAUGUAGACAGUCAUUGUGCUCUCAAGGAAGCUGUGGAAGAGGAAGGAUACCAACUUCUUGAGCUUAUUGCAUCCCACAAAGCAGGACUGAAGGACAUGCUGCGGAUGAUUGCCAGUCAAUGGAAGGAGCUGCAGAGGCAAAUCAAACGGCAACACAGCUGGAUUCUCCGGGCUCUGGGUACCAUCAAAGCCGAAAUUCUGGCUACUGAUGUGUCUGUGGAGGAUGAGGAAGGGACUGGAAGCCCCAAGGCUGAGGUUCAACUAUGCUACCUGGAAGCGCAAAGAGAUGCUGUUGAGCAGAUGUCCCUGAAGCUGUACAGCGAGCAGUACACGAGCAGCAGCAAGAGAAAAGAAGAGUUUGCUGAUAUGUCAAAAGUUCAUUCAGUGGGAGGCGAUGGGCUCCUGGACUUUGAUUCAGAAUAUCAGGAGCUCUGGGAUUGGCUGAUUGACAUGGAGUCCCUCGUGAUGGACAGCCACGACCUGAUGAUGUCAGAGGAGCAGCAGCAGCAUCUUUACAAGCGAUACAGUGUGGAAAUGUCCAUCAGAGACCUGAAAAAGACGGAGCUGCUUAGUAAGGUUGAAGCUUUGAAGAAAGGUGGCGUUUUACUACCAAAUGAUCUCCUUGAAAAAGUGGAUUCAAUUAAUGAAAAAUGGGAACUGCUUGGGAAAACCCUUGGAGAGAAGAUCCAGGACACAAUGGCAGGGCACAGUGGGUCGGGUCCACGUGACCUGCUCUCUCCUGAAAGCGGAAGCCUGGUGAGGCAGCUGGAGGUCAGGAUCAAAGAACUGAAAGGGUGGCUAAGAGAUACGGAGCUUUUCAUCUUCAAUUCCUGUCUGAGACAAGAAAAGGAAGGAACAAUGAAUGUUGAGAAACAACUGCAAUACUUUAAGUCCCUCUGUUGUGAAAUCAAGCAGCGACGUCGCGGAGUGGCCUCCAUCCUGCGAUUAUGCCAGCAUCUUCUGGAUGACCGGGAGACCUGCAAUCUGAACGCAGACCACCAGCCCAUGCAGCUGAUCAUUGUAAAUCUUGAAAGAAGGUGGGAAGCCAUCGUCAUGCAAGCCGUCCAGUGGCAAACAAGGCUACAAAAGAAGAUGGGAAAGGAGUCUGAGACUUUGAAUGUGAUUGAUCCUGGCUUGAUGGACCUAAAUGGGAUGAGUGAGGAUGCCCUGGAAUGGGAUGAAACUGACAUAAGUAACAAGUUAAUUAGUUUGAAUGAGGAAUCAAAUGACCUUGAUCAAGAACCCCAACCUGUCAUGCCUUCCUUAAGGCUUGAAAAGACAGGUAGUGGGGAACCUGGUUAUGAAGAAGAGUCAGGUGACCAUGGGGGCUCUCAGUAUGCCUCAAGCAUUACAGCCCCCUCCAGUCCACACAUUUACCAGGUGUAUAGCCUCCACAAUGUCGAACUCUAUGAGGACAACCACAUGCCAUUCCUGAAGACCAGUCCAAAGUUCACCAGCGUGACACAGCCUAGUGUUUUAACUAAGAGUCUCAGUAAAGACUCUUCAUUUUCAUCUACCAAAUCUUUGCCAGAUCUUCUGGGGGGUUCCAAUUUGGUGAAGCCCUGCCCAUGCCACGGAGGAGACAUGAGCCAGAAUUCAGGAAGUGAGAGUGGAAUUGUCAGUGAAGGAGACACUGAAACCACUACCAACUCUGAAAUGUGCUUGCUCAAUGUGGUGGAUGGGUCCCCAAGUAACCCUGAAACUGAACAUCUGGACCCACAAAUGGAAGAUGCAGUUAAUGUGUUAAGGCAAAAAUUUAAAGAUGAGGAGGAAUGCAUUAAACUUCCAAAUAGCUCUCAGUCAUCCAUUUCACCAGUGGGUUGUGUAAAUGGAAAAGGUGGAGAUUUAAACAGUGUUACCAAACAUACCCCUGAUUGUUUAGGAGAAGAAUUACAAGGAAAACAUGAUGUGUUUACAUUUUAUGAUUACUCAUACCUUCAAGGCUCAAAACUCAAAUUACCAAUGAUAAUGAAACAGUCACAAAGUGAAAAAUCACAUGUACAGGAUCCCCUGCUUCAUGGUUUUUAUUUUGAUAAAAAAUCCUGCAAAUCUAAACAUCAGGCUACAGAGUUACAACCAGAUGCACCUCCCCAUGAAAGGAUUUUGGGAAGUGCCUCCCAUGAAAUGGAUCGCAAUUCAUAUAAAAGUGGCGAUGUAGAGAAGACACUCCCUGGCAUGCAGAAUGCCAAACGGCUCUCUCUUUUAUCUCACAGUUCGUCUGUGGAGUCCCUUUCUCCAGGGGGUGAUUUAUUUGGAUUGGGCAUCUUUAAAAAUGGCAGUGACAGCCUCCAGCGAAGCACUUCUUUAGAAAGUUGGUUGACAUCCUAUAAAAGCAAUGAAGAUCUUUUUAGCUGUCACAGCUCUGGGGACAUAAGUGUGAGCAGUGGCUCAGUCGGUGAACUGAGUAAAAGGACAUUAGAUCUUCUGAAUCGUUUAGAGAACAUCCAGAGCCCCUCAGAGCAAAAGAUAAAGCGAAGUGUUUCCGAUAUCACUCUCCAAAGCACUUCCCAAAAGAUGUCUUUUACUGGCCAGCUGUCAUUGGACAUAGCAUCUUCUAUCAAUGAAGACUCGCCAGCAUCUCUUACAGAACUUAGCAGCAGUGAUGAGCUCUCUCUUUGCUCAGAGGAUAUUGUGUUACACAAAAACAAGAUCCCGGAAUCAAAUGCAUCAUUCAGGAAGCGCCUGACUCGUUCAGUGGCUGAUGAAAGUGAUGUCAAUGUUAGCAUGAUCGUUAAUGUCUCUUGCACCUCUGCUUGCACUGAUGAUGAAGAUGACAGUGACCUCCUCUCCAGCUCUACCCUCACCUUGACAGAAGAAGAGCUGUGCAUCAAAGAUGAGGAUGAUGACUCCAGCAUUGCAACAGACGAUGAAAUUUAUGAAGAAUGCAACUUGAUGUCAGGGCUGGACUAUAUAAAGAAUGAACUGCAGACCUGGAUUAGACCAAAAUAUUCCUUGACAAGAGAUAAGAGAAGGUGUAAUCUCAGUGAUGAAAUAAAGGGCUGUAAGGAUAUAAGUAGUAGUGAGAUGACCAAUUCCUCCGAUACCCUGAACAUUGAGGCCCUCCUAAAUGGCUCCAUAAAACAUCUCUCUGAAAAUAACGGAAAUGGUAAGAAUUUAUCCCAUACUCGUGAGUUAGGGACAAAGGGGGAAAAUAAGAAAAAUAUUUUCAAAGUUAAUAAAGAUCCAUAUGUGGCUGACAUGGAAAAUGGCAAUGUUGAAAGUACUCCAGAAAGGCAGAAGGACAAACUGAAUGGAAUUUCAAAAGAAUCAGAAAAUCUUGGUUCAACUGGGAAAAAGAUUUCAGAGAGUGAGCAUUGUCAGUGUAAAGCAUUUAUGGAUAGCUCAGAUGAUUCCCACAUUGCUGGAAAGGAAUCUGUUCCCCAGACUGUUAGACAUCUUUCAAAGAAUUGUCAAGACCACCACCAUUUAGAAAAUCAAAGUGCUGCUUCUACUCCCACCGAGAAGUGUUGGCCAGAACUGCCUUCAGAAACCAGAAUUAUCAAUAGACAGGACUCUGAUGUACUGAAAUCUUCAUCAAAUGAUGCACCAAGGAUGGCUGGAAAAUCUACUGGAUGCUGCCUAGAACUUGAACAAAACGAAACAGAGGAAAAUGCUUCUCUCAGCGACAACAUUUCCUGUUGCGACUGUGAGCCAGAUGUUUUCCAUCAAAAAGAUGCCGAAGAUUGUUCAGUACACGACUUUGUUAAGGAAAUCAUUGACAUGGCCUCAACAGCCCUAAAAAGUAAAUCUCAACCUGAAAAUGAGGCGACUGCUCCUACUUCAUUAACUCAAAUCAAGGAGAAGGUGUUGGAACAUUCUCACCGGCCCAUCCAGCUGAGAAAAGGGGACUUUUAUUCCUACCUCUCUCUCUCAUCUCAUGACAGUGAUUGUGGGGAGGUCACCAAUUACGUAGAGGAGAAGAGCAGCACUCCAUUGCCACUGGACGUUACCGACUCUGGCUUAGAAGACAAAGAAGAUAUUGAAUGCUUCUUUGAGGCCUGUGUUGAGGAUGACCCUGAUGGAGACAAGCCCUGUUUCUCCAACGUUCCUCCCAAUGAACCUGCAGUUCCUGGCGAAGCUGCAAUGCCGCUACCAGCAGCAGGCUCUUCUCAUUUCAGUGAUAUGUCUCUCUCAGCUCAUGAUGCAGACUCAGUGGCUCUUUCACAUCCUCCCCCUGAGAAGGGGUCUGACAGUGGAAAGGAAGUGGAUGGUUUACCCCAAGCUUCCAAUGUCUGUGGAGAAAGCUCAGAGUUAACUACUCCUUCAAGGCUGGGCAGUGAAAAGGAGAGUUCAGAAAACCGAGGUGAGUCUGGAAUGCCAGAAGAACACAGAGCUGCUUCAGCCCCAUCUAGAGUUCCAGGACUCUCCUCGAAGGCAGAGCAGCCAAAAGACAAGGAUGAGUUGCCUCCCAACCCCAAAACUUUAACCUGUGAAGAAAAUCUUCUGAACCUUCAUGAAGAACGACAUAAAAAUAUGCAUAGGUAGAAUGUAACCCUCUCCAAGCAUGAAAAUCAUCUCAUUGAAAGAUAAGCCUGGCUGCUCAGAGGUGGCCUCUUCCUCCCACCCUGGGCUGGUCUCUGGUUCCCUCACAUCACUGCCAUUCAUUACGCUGACCUCUCCCAAGAUGACUCUUCCUCCCAAAUGCGGUUUGUCCACAUGAGCCUCGUGACCUGGAUGUGUGCGCUGGUUCUCUUUAGGUGAUUGUCUUUGAAGUUCAGCAAAGCUGCUUGUUCACCCAUGGACUCCUGUCCCAAGCUACCUCUACCACCCCCUUCUCUCCAGCCAGACUUUCCCCUUGGCCUCCUCCCCUCCCCAUCUGCUCUUUCAAGUUUCGCAGCUCACCAAAUUGAUGGUCCAUUAAGUUCACCUGUCUGGAAUGACCCCCCCCCCGCCAGUACUUGACCAAUUUCAUGUUUCAAUCUGGAUUUUUUUUUUUAUGGUGUGAUGCCUAUGUUUAUUGCAAGAGGUUUAUCUAAAAGGCCAACAUUUGAUUUGAUUGCAGCAAAGAGAAGAAACAGUGGUCCUUCUUUCAAAAUUAAGCAACUUGUAAAAGCGUCGUUUUAUUUAUUUCAUUUAAAAUUUAAUAAUCUAUGCAGCACUUCAAGAAACAACUAUAUGGUGUUGUAUAUUAUAAACUGGUGACAUUCUACUAUUAAAUUAUGUACAACAUUUUCAUUUUUUAUGCUUCUUGAGGUGGUAAUGAGAAAACAAGUUUUUUAAAAAAGUGUGCCUUGCUGUAUUUCUUAUACCAUUUAUUAAAAAGCUGCUUUCACAGUAAAAUUAUGUUGGUUUGAAAGGAGGAAAAUAGCAAGGUUAAGAUGUGUGAAUAAUUUCUGUAUAUAUGUAUAACCAAGUACAAACAUUGAUGUAUAAUGACAGUAUAAAAUGCUUUCAUGUUUGUGAUGUCUAGUGAUGUGGAAAAUAUAAGCCUUAAAUCCAUUAGAUUGCAUGGUAAUUAAAAUUGGCAUAAUAAACAUAGUUUAUUGGGGGAAAAGGAAAAUUAGUGAUCUCUUCUACCUGUGUUAUUUACCAAAUUAUUGCAUCUGAUUCUGGAAAAAAUAUAACAUGUAGCAGCUUCCAAAAUAUCCAUAUUGCAUAAAAGGCUUAAAAUUACUUAAACUAGAGACGACACAUGAAGCCUUCACAAUUUUAAAAAUCUUUCUGAUCACUAUAAAGAUCCUGGAACACAAAUGAUUAAAUGCCAGUUCCCCGAAACCAAUAAAAAUUUAUUCUAGAUUUUUUAUUUCUACUUUUCAUUAAUGGUUUAAUGUUGGAUUUCCAGAUAUCUAGUAUGUCUUAUAUUUAUUUUAUAUAAUUCUUUUGAAUGGGUUUGAUAGAAAGAUGGUAGAAAAGUAUAGAAAAUUGGACUACUGUUUUGAUUUAGACUAUAGAUUUCUGGUGUAUUUAUUUUGUGUAAAAGAAAUUAGCUAAGAAAUAUUCCAUUUGGUGUUUACUGACCCUUGUUAAAUGCAGUUUUUAAUUUCUAUCGUACAGCCUACUAAAGUGCCUAACACACAGUAGGUAUUCAGUACAAAUUUGCUGAAUUGGAGUAUUGAAUUAGGUAACAUGGAUGACAUCUGUCUCUUCAUUUUGAGAGACCUACACUAAAACAUGUAAAGAACUAGAAAAAA